AUGAUAUCGGCCUGUGCCUGCUUUGAGCAGGUGAUACCUGUACGACUGGGACAUCCCAUUGACCAAGCUGAUACCACCACGCGUCGACAGUGGGGCUUCUUUGUAAAGAUUGCAUCCGAAAUCUGGACCAUUGUCCUUGUAUCAAUUUACUGCAUUGGCUGCAAGGGCCUACCGAACGUCGAUACCAGGAAACGUUGGCUGCAACGUCGAGGCGUUCUCUCCGAUCCACGCUUCAAGAAGAUCAUGGAAAAAUUCGCUGAUCAACCUGUCGCCGCGGUUCAAGACGUACAACUCCUGACAGUGAACAAGCCGACGUCUUCUGAUACAAACUUUUCGCCACGGCGAUACCUGCAUGAUCUGGGAAUCGCAAAGCACGCUAGGGACAUCAAUUUCAUGAAGCCCUACACCGACGGCAACGGAACAGACGAGUACUGGACUCGUUCGGUCGGAUUUGCUCAUAUAGGGGACAGUUUACUGGAGUUUUCACAUGGCGUACGGGCUUAUGACGACAAAGCCGUGCCAACGGAGCCAUUCCAACGCGUAGAGAUGAGUGCAUUCGAAUUCACCGAUGUACCCAUGCAUCAUCUUUACAAAGAGGAAGAAUCAGGCGACGAAGGCGAAACGGAUAGUGGAGAACAAAGCGCCGAACUGAACUCAGAUGAUCGACCCGAGAAGCUUCGAAGGACAACCGUUCGAUCGUUGAAAAAACUCUCUAAUCUUUCAUGGAGAGGGGGACCAAUGAAAUAG